CUUUCGAUAAACCAAAGAUUCAAUCAGAUCUUAUAAAAACAUAGAAGAAGUGGAGUCUAAAAUAUAUCAGUAAUCGAGUUAUGAAAGAAUUAUCUCAUGAAGCAAUUGCAUAUAGUGAUAUUUGUUAAUAAUUGACUGAUGAAAUGAUUUAAGAUUUAGAUGGAUAAUAAAAUGAUAGAUAGAAAGAAAUAAAAAAUCUUAGAAGAAGAGUCUAUGAUGCUUUAAAUGUUAUGAUUUCAAUAGGAAUAGUAGUCAAAGAGAAUAAAUUGAUGAGAAAGAAUGCUGAAACCUAAGUUAAUCUAACAAAGUAGAAUUUGAUAAUUAGAAAAGUAUUAAAUUAAAAUUAAUUUUAACAGCAAAAAUUAAAAGAAUAAUUAUAAAUCAAAAAAGCUUCAGCAACAACUUAAAUUAAACAAUAAGAAAGCCUUAAAAAAUUAGUAGAAUUGAAUAAAAUGAGAGAUGUAGAUGAAAAUGAAAAGAUCAGAUUUCCAUUCAUUCUUGUCAAAACCUAAUUAAAUAAUAUUGAUGAAGUAUAUUAUCUUCAUAUUAUUUAAAUAGGAUGAAUUAGUACUAGAAUAAAAUAAAUAGAUGGACUAUUUAAAAGUAUUUAGUAAAAACUAACUUGAUCUCUAAUUAGAUUUAUCUGUAGUACAAAAACUAUUUCAAAAUGAACAUAUGAUUUUGUGA